AGCUGCCUUCUUUUGGCUUUCAUUAAUCUCUCUCUGUCUCUGCACACAAAAAAAACCCCCAAAAGCUGGAUUUCUCCAUUUUCAAUGAACAAUUAUGAGUUUUUAAACCUCAUUAUGAUACUUAGUAGAUUAAUCUCAAAGAUUUUGAAGCUAAUUGGUCAUUUUUCAUUGUUGUUAAUCAAUAAUCACUUUGGCUUUAUCUUUUGUUGCUUGACUGUUAUAAUACGUCGAGCUUCUUAAGUCUUCAUCCUUGUCCUGUCACUUGUCAGAGACUUAAGAUUCAAGAAGAAGACGAGUUUCUUUCUCUUUCUCUUCAGGAAAAAAAUGGGUUUCUUGUGUUCUUCUUCAAUCUUCUUCAAGUUGGGAAUAUCUAUAAUCUUUCUAGUGUCUUUCUCUUGUUAUACUCCUUCAGAAGCUUAUGAUCCUUUGGAUCCAAGUGGGAACAUUACUAUCAAAUGGGAUAUCAUGACCUGGACUGCAGAUGGCUAUGUGGCGGUUGUAACGAUCUAUAAUUUCCAGCAAUAUCGUCACAUUCAGGCACCAGGUUGGACUGUCGGAUGGUCAUGGGCAAAGAGAGAGGUUAUAUGGGGAAUGAAUGGAGGCCAAACAACAGAACAAGGAGACUGUUCGAAAUUCAAAGGAAACAUUCCUCAUUGCUGUAAAAAGACACCUUCUGUUGUUGAUCUCUUACCCGGAACUCCUUACAAUCAGCAGAUUGCUAAUUGCUGCAGAGGCGGUGUCAUCAACUCGUGGGCUCAAGAUCCUGCUACUGCUGUUUCUGCUUUCCAGCUCACUGUUGGACAAGCUGGAACCACAAAUAAGACUGUUAGGGUACCUAAGAAUUUCACUCUCAAGGCUCCUGGACCUGGCUAUACUUGUAGCCCUGGUAAGAUUGUGAAACCGACUAGAUUCAUCGGUACUGACAAACGAAGAGUUACACAAGCAUUAAUGACUUGGAAUGUAACUUGCACAUACUCGCAGUUCUUAGCUCAGAAAACACCUACUUGCUGUGUAUCACUUUCAUCGUUUUAUAACAGCACAAUAGUUUCUUGUCCGACAUGCUCUUGUGGAUGCCGUAACACUUCUCAGCCAGGGAAUUGUGUAGACCCAAAAGGUCCUCGGAUAGCAUCAGUCAUUCCAAAUCCUGGAAAGAACGCAUAUAUACCGCCCCUAGUGCAAUGUACAAACCAUAUGUGUCCUGUUAGAAUCCACUGGCAUGUGAAGGUUAACUACAAGCUGUACUGGAGAGUUAAAGUCACCAUCACAAAUUUCAACUACAACAUGAACUAUACACAGUGGAAUAUCGUCGUGCAGCAUCCUAAUUUCGACAAUCUCACUCAGACUUUUAGCUUCAACUAUAAACCCUUGACUCCUUAUGCUUCCAUAAAUGAUACUGGGAUUCUCUGGGGAAUAAAGUUCUACAAUGAUCUGUUGAUGCAAGCUGGUCCAUUUGGUAAUGUACAAUCUGAGCUACUUUUCCAGAAAGAUGCAUCGGCUUUCACAUUUGAGAAAGGUUGGGCUUUUCCAAGAAGAAUCUAUUUCAAUGGAGAUAACUGUGUCAUGCCUCCUCCAGAUUCUUACCCUUGGCUGCCAAAUACCGGUUCACACAAAUCAAUUGGUUCUCGGUUUGCAGCAAUCGCCUUGUUGUUACUGACUGUGCUCCUACAUGGGAACUUGUAAGAAAUAAGAAUCAUCAAGUGUAGAGCGUAGCUUCCUAUCAAGAGAGAAUUGUUAGCUUAUUGUUUCCUAUCGACUGUUGUUGUCUGUACUCAGUACAACCGUUUAAUCUUUGUAUUAUCACUAACUAGAUUAAAUGAUAAUGGUUACUAUAUGA